AUGGAUCAAUCAAACUAACUAAAUUAUUUCAAGCUUCCAUUCAUGUAGAAGGAAGAAAAAGGAAUGUUAAUUUCAAUUUUAGAUUGUUCUGGGUCAAUGAGCAGCUAUUGGAAAUAUGUAGCUUAAUAUUAUAAUGAAUUAAAGACAAAGGCUUAAAUGUCAAUAGCAAUUACUUUUGACACAAACAUAAAAUUUUGAACCCAAAUGAAAAUAUUUCUCCUAAUAUUAAUUAAUAUGGUGGAGGAGGUACAGAUAUUACUCGUGCAUUUGUUGUUUGAAUUAAGAGAUUCUUAAAUAAAAUAUAACAAAAGAUUUAACAGUUUUUUUUGUUUCUGAUGGAGAGGGAAGUUAUGAUGAGAGAGCAAUCAAAUAGAAUAUGCCAAAAGUAGAGAAUCUAAAUUUUAUUUGUGUUGGAGUAGGUAAUGGAUUUUCAACUCACAUUUCAAUGAGUCUUAAAUCUCUCUAUCAUACAGGAAAUUUAUAAAUAGCUCCUGUAUUCAUAGUCGAUGUUCAUAAUUAAACUAAUUAGAAUAGAGAAUAAUAUUUGAAUUAAAUAUUUUAAGAAGAAUUUGAAUCUGUAGGUAAUAUUUUGGUACCAAGAACUAAUGUGAAACAACACCUGUCUAAAGUUUUCCAUGGAAUUAAGAGCUAACAACAAAGGUUUGGUCAGGUGGUUGGGUUGCCAGUCACAACCAUGAAAUCACUUGUGAUGGAACACUAAUUAGAUCAGAAAAUCCUUCUGGUGAUCUGAUAUUAGAAUUGGCUUCUUACUGGUUAUAGAACAUUUAAUUACUUUCAUUGAAAGCAAAAGUAAAAUAAGAAGCCCAAAUAGCACUCUCAGAAUUAGAGAGAUUAUCAAAUUCUAUACCAAAAUUACAAAAUUAAAAGAAAUAAAAGACAUUUGCUCAAAGAAUAUAAGGAGCAUCUUAAUCUGAAAAUACAGGACUUUUGAAUUUGUUGCUUAAUUAAAAUAGUUCACAAGAGAUUUCUAAUUAAAUUAAUUGAAUGAUAAAGAUGCAGCUGAUAGAUUGAAAAUUGGAAAUAAAAUUGGUAAAUUUCACAAUAGAGCCAUUAAAUUUGCAGGAUUAUCAACAGAAGAGUUUUAAACCGCUAAAAACUAAUUCAUAGAAUGUCUUAAAUAACAAAAAUUUCAAGUUAAAAAAGGUGAUAGAUCUCUUAUAACAUUAUAAAGCUAAAGGGAAAUAUUAUUAGAAGAAGAUUUAAUCUAAGGAUUAGAAAAUUGUUCAUCAUACUAUUAAUUGGUUACUGCAUUUCCAAUUAUUGUUGUGGAUUGUAAGUUUAAAGAUCAAAUGCAAGUAUGAUCGAUCCAUAUAAAAUUGAAAUCGUAUCUCUUGUUAAAAUCCAUAAAUUUUUAGAUUCUGUAUUCUUUAAUCGAAUAAAAGACCAUGAAUUAAGGUUUUCAAUUGGAAAUGGAGAAGAAGAAUUUGUAAAUUGUAUUCUUCCAUUAUAUACAUAAAAAGAUGUAGAUCUUAAACCAUUUUUCAGAUCAAAAUUAUUUCUCACCAUAAUGACAUUUGUAGUUUGUGAAAAUGCAGAUGUAUGUUUUGAAAAUGCUUAUGAGGCUUUAUUAGCCAACACUCUUUAUUUUUUGAUGAAAUAACCCCAAUCUGAUUGGACUAAGGAAAUUAUAAGUUUAAUAAAUUAGUCAUAUUGUUUGUCUUAUGCCGAAGGCUUCACAAAACAAUUAAUUAAUAACCCAAUCUAAACUUUGGUUAAUCUAGAUUAAUAAACUUCAUGUUAAGAUACCAUCAAGGCUUUACUUGCUCUUUCAUCAGAAAAAGAUAAAUUAUAAUAAUAAUAAAUUAAACAUGUAAUUGAUAGAUUUAUAAUUGAAACAAUAGGAAGAAAUCUCAAAAAUAGGAAUCUCGAAUCUCUUAUCAAUCUCUUUGUUGACUUAGAUGAAAAUUAAAUGCUUGAUACUAUAAGUUUUAGAAUAAUUGAUCAAAUCUUUCAGCAAGAAAAUAAAAAUAUUCCUGCAAUGAGAGAACAAAUUUAGAAUGAUGCAUAAAGUGUUAAAACAGAAUAUUGGUAAAUAAAAAUAAGAUUCAAGCAGAAGGAAGCAAUCAAUUUAUUAAAAUAAACUAGAUUUACAUAUGACAAUUUGUAAUGUAUUUAUUAAUAUUUUUUACUUGAAGAGAUGUAGAAAAACUUAUUUAUUGCAGCCUUAUUUCAUGCUAGAUAUUAGAAAUCAACCAAAAGAGCAAAUAAGGUAUUUAUUUUUGAUUUUGAUUAACUAACUAAAGAGAUUCUAAAUAUUAAACAUGAAUUCUUAAUAGAAAAAUUGUAAAAACAAUGUCAAAUGGAAUUUUUUAAUUAAGCAGAAAAACAGGGAUUUUUAAAUUUACUUGUUUAAGCAAAGCCUUAAUCUAAUUAGGUAGAAGAUGAAGUGCUAUAGGAAUUGUUAAUCUGGUUAAUUUUUGAGAAUCCAGGAUUUUUAAUUAAUUAUGAUCAAUUUUUUUUUUUUUUUAUUANUUAUAUUAUAUUAUAUUAUAUUAUAUUAUAUUAUAUUAUAUUAUAUCACAAAAUUUUUUUUUUUUCAAAUUGA